AACGGGCAUACCAUGUAAUGGUCCCGCCACCACCUUCGACGCCCGCUCCUCGGCGCUUCUUAACCAAACGACCUGGCGCCUCGUCCUCCUCUCAGGCUACUCCAGCAUCAGCCGCCUCACGCUUCCAAUCGACUGCAACACCAAAGCUUGGUACGCAGCGGCUUGAGGAAGUAGAAGAUGUCGAGAGUGAGGAUGACCUGAUUGCCGGUAGUCAAGAUGACCAAGGGCCGCUACAUGACAGCGAUGGCAUCCCUCCAAGCAGCUGGGAUGAGCCGCAGUCUGAAGCUGCUGGGAAUAUUGCUAAAAGACGCAAGAUUCUGGACGAUAGUGACUACUCUACUCAAGAGCCGCUGGAUGGCGAGACUGCCGCUAGACAGUCGCCUGUGGUAUCUGAGGGUAGUUCUCAAGAACUGGUUGAGGAUGUAAAAGCCGUCACAUCGACGACGACAAAUCCAGUGUUCCGGCCUGCACCGCGCUUCAAGGCUCCAGCAGAAGAGGACAGUGUGGCAGAGACGUUACUUGAGCAGACAUCCCCGCGUCGUAAGCAUGCUUCAUACGUCCCGGGUGGUCUUGCAGAAGAGCUCCAGUCAUGGCUCUCAGAAGUCAAGGGGCAGACCGUGCCCGGGGUUAAUUCCACAGACGAGCUGCGCGUGCCUAUAGCUGCUGCCCGAUCUGGUACGCGGAUGUGUCUGGUUGCAGACAUUGACGGCAAGAAUUACAUUCUCGCUGGAUCCGCACCGAGCGUGGCCGUAGACAGUGUUUUAUUAGUCCGCCGACCAGUAUGGGACAUUGAGCUAUUGGGGGAAACGCAGACGGUUGUCUGGAAUUGGGCAAUUGAAGAGCGAUAGGCUUAAUAUAGAAGCGAUUUGCAAUGAUUUAUAUAUCUUUUCUUUUUUUUAUAAAAUGUAAUGUAGACAGCGCUGGUUCGAUUUACAGCCACUAUACACUGGCAUCCCUUCUGCGGCCUCCUCAUAGGGAGCACUACGCGCCUUACAGGCGUCCUGUUGUAGAACCCGCUAAUUGUAUCAAAGUUUCCUGGCU